AGUGUGCAUCCUCAGCCUCACACAUCCUACAACCCACUCUCCACCAUAUAUGCUCCCCACGUUCCUGAGACAUCAUGAACCCUGAGCAAACCGCCCAAGUACACCCAAAAAAGUGCAGAUCUGCAGUUGCAGCAAUAAGCUGCAACCAUAUCCCAGUAUCGUCUUCGAUCUCGACUGAAGGCUGGACAUGCUAUGAGCGGUUGGACAUCAGGCUGAGAACGGGUCAAAACUUGUCCGUGGCGGCGGGUCACCCGUGACGGUAUUCGAUGAUGACUAACAGAAUGCUUACUGAUUUCCAAUGCGUGGAGGAAGGUGCCUUAUUGGCUAUGUGGAAGGAGUGAUGGUGGAUGGGUACCCGAUGCGGUAUAUGUCAGUAGCUACGCGAUGCAUUCGAUGCAGCAGCUGUAUCAAGCUUGUGCAAAUAGAAACCACUCGAACAACACCCACCAGUAUCCCAUCAUCAUCAUCCACACCAUCAACACCAAAUCCACCCUCCUACCGCUAUCCAUUCACCCCUCAACCCAUAUACCAAAAUGUCCUACCUCCACCUCUACCCACUCCCACUCCCCCUCCCCCUCCGCCAAACAACCAAAAACAACCCAACAACAACCCCCCAAACAACCAAAACACAAACAAUCGCCACCGGCAGAAACCCCCAGCGCUGCGUCAUCAUCGCCCAUAUCCCGCACCUUCGUCCCCUUCCCCUUUCUCCUCCAUCUACACCACCACCACCACCUGCUCCUCCCACACCACGACCACGACCACCACCCCCCCGCACCCUCCACCCCCCUCCAUCCCCAGGCCAAUCAUCCGGAAUCCGAUACCCGCCCGGCAACCGCCUGAUAAAGCUGUGCGUCGCCACGGGCGCGGGGAAUGUAAUCUGCACGUGGCUCUCGCGCGUAUUAUCUAACUGCCCCACGUCACCAUCACCGUGCUGCUGCUGCGGCUGUAAAUCGAAGAUUGUAUAAUCCGAGAUCAGCGUGUCGGCGUGGUGGUCUGCGUAUCCGGGGGGGUCGGGCACGUGGGGUGGAUGUUUGGGUAGGG